AUUCAAAAUAUAUUAGUAUACUCGAAGGAAUGUGAGACAAGAACUGUCUCUUUCUUUGAAGUCAAUAAAAAUGAAAAAUUGGAAGAUGUGGUGAUUUCUAAGUUACACAGUGACAUGAUAUAUCCCUGUCCGAAUUGCAAUAAAGAUUUAAUAAUCUUAAUAAACAAUCCUUCAGAUAGUAGUCAUACAUUUCAUGCUUCAUUGGCUCUUGUAAAUCAAAUAGAACAAUCGCAAGAGAAUAAUCAAAUAUCUGAUAAUGCAGAAGAGUUUAACGUUUGUACAUUGAAAUCAAGGGCACAAGAUAAAUUAUAUGAAUCAUUGUAUCAAAAUAUUAUCAAUGAAAAUACAACAAAUGAUAAUAAAUGCGAUAUCAAAAGGAAACAUGGUAACUUGCAAAAAAUUGAUGUAUCAUGUAAACUGAAAGCAGGUAUAAAGAGAAAGAUUCAUCAAAAUAUUUCUAUGAAAACAUUCAUUAAUCCUACUAAGAUGCAGAAAUUAGAAGCAAAAUUAGAUACAAUGGAACGAAGUUUUAAUGAAUUAGACAGUGAUUACAGUAAAUUAAAUGUAACUGACUUAAUAACAUUUCAAUCAGUAAACAAUGGUGUAGAAUGUCUUAGUGAAGAAAUAAAAAAUGAACAGGAAUCUAAUACAAGGGAUAUGAUAAAAAAGAAAUAUCUUGGUAAAUCGCGAAUAAUUCGAGUAAAAUUAAAUGCAAAAGAACAAGAUGAAUCAAAUAGUAAUUAUGAUAAGUCAAACGUAACUGAUUUGAUAACACUCCAGUCAGAAAAUGAUAAUAUUGAAUACAUCACUGAUGAUAAAGGAAUUGAAGAUGACAACAUAAUGGUCGUGACCAAAAUGGAAGAAGAAUAUGUCAAUGAAAAUGAUACAAAUGACAUCAAUAUUUCAAAAAAUAAUUUAAAACAAGAAUGCAAUUUAUGUGGAGCUCGUUAUAUUUUACAAGAAAAAUAUGAAUUUCACAUGGAGAGACACAAAUUAAAUAAAAUAGAUAAAUAUGUUUGUACAAAAUGCGAUAAAGAAACUAAAAAUGAAAACUUGUUGUGGGAUCACUACCUUCACAUGCACAAAAGCUCAAUACAGUAUCUUUGUUUGAAAUGUAAAAAAGUAUUCAUGAAAAAGGCACAUUUAAUUGCGCAUCAGAAAACGUGCAAAUUCUCUGAUAAUGAAACAAUGCUAAAUAUUAAAACAGAUGUGGAUAACAAUCAGAAAAUUAUUACAAGACCGAGGCGAAAAUGCAAAGUCUGCAGAAAAUUGAUUAGAGAUCCUAAUGCUAUUAACGAUGAAGCAAUGUGCGCCUCCUGUAAAAUAAGAGGAAUUUCCCAGCGACAAUAUUACUGUGCAAAGUGCCAUAAACAUUUUAUGCGUCAGGAGAGACUCGAGUUCCACAAGAUGCGACAUAAUGAGAAUAUGGACGAGUUUAUCUGCAGCACGUGCGGUAAGGAAUUCAGUGGGGAAAAUUCUUUAUACGAACAUUAUCUCUUUGUGCAUAAGGGAUUUAGACCACAUAUUUGUGAAAUAUGCGGCAAGUCAUUUCAGCUGAAGGUGCGAUUGAAGGAACAUCAGCGAAAACAUACUGGUGAGAUGCCUUAUCAAUGUGAAGUAUGUGGCCUGCGAUGUAGGACUACACAUGCAUUAAAAUUUCAUAAGAAGUCUCAUGUCUCUAAUCGCCACAUUUGCGAGAUAUGUGGCAAAUCGUUCCUUAAAAAGCAGAAUUGGAAUGAACAUCUGGAGAGACACUGGAAAAAAGAUAAGAAUGUAUCACUUCCACGAAUAUUUACAUGUCCUUUGUGCAACGAUAAUUUGCCGACCUAUCGUAUGUUAAAGAAUCACAUGAUUGGAAUUCAUGAGCUUGACCGUCAAGACCCCCUAAUAAUGAAUCAAAAACCAUUGUACGAAUGCAAUGAGUGUCAAGAGAAAUUCAAGCAUCAAAUGUCGCUCAAGUCACACAAGGAAAAGGUACAUGAAGGCAAAAUUGUACCUCUUGCAUUUCAGUGCGAUAUAUGCAAAAAUGUAUACAAAGCCAAACGAUUCCUAAUAAGGCAUAUUCAAAGUGAACACAAUGAUAAUAAAUGUCAGCAGUGUGAUGAAACAUUCACAGAUAAAAAAGAUCUUGAUCAUCAUGUUUCAUUACACAAUAGUAAGAUCGCAUGUGAGUACUCUGACAAACAAAGGGAUGCUAGGAACUUACAUCACCAAGAACACACGAUCAUUUUUUACCAGUGUGGAGAUUGCAACGAGUCAUUCGAUAGCUAUGCUAAUCGCUUAAAUCAUCGCAAAAAGAUGCACAAACCCGAGUGACCAGAAUGCAAAAUUAAAUGCGAUAAUAUACAACAAAUUACAAUUCAUCUGGACAAACACUUCUCCGUGAAAAAUUAAGUAAAUUAGAUUCCAAGUAAUGUUAUAGGUGAUAUAGUUAUAUAUGUAUA